CAUCAUUAAAACGAUUGAUUAAUUCGGCGGCGUCUGUUAAUAUUUAUCGUUAUUCAAUUUCGCGAAAUAAGUCGUCCAUCCCUAAAUGUUUUCUCAAAUUUAUAUUUUGAAUGAAAAUUGCUGCUAAACUUUAAUUUUUGGAAAUAUCUAAAAGCUAUUGUUGCGGUAAAUUUUUUCUGGUAAACAUGGAGAUGAAUAACAAUGACAAUAUGGCAGAACAAGAUCCACUGGAAGGUGCAAGUUUUCUUUACCGCACGAUGGUUGAGCGGGAUCCAAGUAAACGCAAAGUGAAACCGGUUGAAAAUCAUAUGCAACAAUUACUAGAUUUUGGUGACUUAGACGACAGUUCCGAUGACAGUGAUUUCAAAAUAGGUGACGAUGCUCAAGAAUCCAAUGAAGAGGAUUCUGGCGAGAGUUCUGGAGGAAACGAUGACAACAGCGAAGAAGAAGACGAUGAUGAUGAAGAAGAGGGAGAACAGGAAAUUCCUGACAGUAAGGAUGAUAUAAAAAUCAAGACUGAGCCUAUUAAAGACAUUGCACCAUCUUCGUCUGGAGAUGCUGUUGAAGGUGUACAACGUCAAAUUAAGUUGAAGAUUGGCGAAGGAGCCGCAGCCAAAAAGUUAAAAGUUCUUAUUUGCAGUGUUUGUCUGGGAGACGUUAGUCUUCUUCCUAGACAAGGUACUGAUAACAAAACUGUCGAUGAAGAAGAUGAAAUCGUUGAAUGUGACUGUUGUGGUAUUUCUGUUCAUGAAGGCUGCUAUGGCAUAAGUGAUGUUGAGACUGCUGUCAGUACAGUUUCCUCUUAUUCUACAGAACCAUGGUUUUGUGAUGCCUGUAAAGCAGGUAAUAUGAACCCAACUUGUGAGCUAUGUCCCAAUACAGGUGGAAUUUUCAAGGAAACUGAUGUUGGAAAAUGGGUUCAUCUUGUCUGUGCUUUAUACAUUCCAGGUGUUGCAUUUGGUGAUGUAGAUAAAUUGUCGCCAGUCACCCUAUUUGAAAUGCCAUACUCUCGUUGGGGGGCCAAAGCUUGUUCUCUUUGUGAAGAUGAACGCUUUAGCCGCACAGGAGUGUGCAUUAACUGUGAUGCAGGAAUGUGUCGUAGUUAUUUCCAUGUGACAUGUGCUCAGAAAGAAGGAUUAUUAUCAAAAGCUUCUACAGAAGAAGAUAUAGCUGAUCCAUUUUUUGCUUAUUGCAAAUUACAUUCAGACAAAAAUAUUGCACGAAGUAAACGGCGUAACUAUUUGGCUCUUCAGUCCCAAUUUAGACAAAAGCAUCAUGCUGAUACCUCAAUGUCAGAUGAAAAAACAAGAAUUGAAAGAAAGCUUGCAUGGCAUCGUGAUCGUUAUCUUGCAGAUAAGGAAAAGCGUCCCCAACCGUGGGUUCCAACUCAAAAAAUGCCAAGAUUGUUAACAACAAGUCCUUCUGCUUGUAAAAAAUUAAUUAAAAAGGCUGAGCUUCUUGGCUUAAGUCCACAACUACAUUUGAGUAGUGCCGAUUAUGGUAUGGACAUAAGGCGCAAAUGGCAUGUUCCACCAGCCUUUAGUGCAGAAUUUGUCAAUUAUUAUCUUGAUCGAAAUGUUCGGAUGGUAUCUAUGCAACAUAGAUUAGAUGAACUUUUACAGCAAAAUAGUCAAUUACAGGAACAAGAGCAAGAACUAAGGCAGAAUUAUGAACGGAUUGUCUCUGAUGUAGAAAUAUUCCGUAAAGAGAAUGCGGAGUUGACUGAGCGAGGUAUGCAUUACUGGAAGAUAAUGUGUGAUUUGAAUAACAAAAAACUUCCUCUUCCUGAUGUUUUGCAACCCAAGCCUGUUGCCAAGUCCAGCAGAAACAAGAAAUCUGAUUCUGUCGGGUCCGUGAUUAUGGAAUGCAGCAUCUGUCACAAAUCGCAUGACCAGCACCAACUUGCGAAGUGCGACAGUUGUCAGUUGCACUAUCACCUGGCCUGCCUGGAUCCACCACUUUCUCGAAUGCCAAAGAAGACAAAAUCGCUUGGCUGGCAGUGUAGCGAGUGUGACAAGACAGAGGAAGAGGAACAACAUGAAGAUGUGGAUGCUAACGCUCCUCGAAAGUUACGGUAUAAAGAAUUGUCCAAGUCUGAUCAGGAGAAGCCUCGUCGCGGACGGUCAUGCAAGAAGACAUCGGACGACAACGUCGGAGCUGAAGAGAAAGGCAGCGAGAUUUGGAUAUCGUCCGGUGCGGAGGAUGACCACCUACACGAAGGUUCUCGUCCUCGGUCUGAUUCACGGAGAAAACGCCGAUCUGCAGAGAUUGGCUACCGUAAAUCUAGGCGUAGGAGUGGGAAGCGAAAGUCGUCUCGAGAUAAUUGGGGUGAAGAUGACGGAACCACUAAUGAAGGUUCCGAAACAAAAAUUCCAAGACAUUCUACAAGGCGCACAUCUUCUACUUGAAUUGUUUUACAACUUGUGUCAAAGUAGUACUUAGUUGUAGCCAGAAGUAUUGUAGAACUUGUUUAUAAAAUUAUAUUGUGACUUGAAUUUAGGUUUAUUUUCUAUAUGGUGAUCUGCAUGUGAAUAUUUUUAGAUGGACAGUUAAAUGUUUCUGAAUUUAUGAUUUUCGUUUGAUACUGUUCUCUCCUCUUGUAGUUCAAACGUGAAAAUUGCUGUUCUACUGUGAAAAAGUAUUUUGAGUUGUAUGUAAUUUUAUUUAUUUUGAUUUUAGAUUAAAAAUAAAUGUUUACUUAAAUAUA